AUGCGCUUGAGGCUCAGCUCAUGCAGAUUUGCCGGGACGAUACGGACAGGCAGAGGACACCCGUUGGCGCAGUUGCGGCAAUCGUCGGGUGUGGCUCUGAAUGGGAGUGCACCAAAGUCAGGCGAGAAUGAUAAGAUAAGGGCUAUGUUCACAUGGAAGCGAGCGGCUGCCGCAGGACUUGCCACGGGAGGGCUGCUGUACUACACCAAUGACAAUUUCCAUGAUCUGGUGCGGCACGUGGGCACGACCAGCAAGCGUGUGAGCGUGGUGACGGUUGCGACGGUGAGAUGCUGCUACCAGUACAAGCGGACGCUCUCGCAAUCGUACGAGAGCGAGGAAGCGAGGCUUGAGGCGCUCUCGCGGUGUCACAAGACUUGUGCGGAAAUCACGCUGCACGCUCUGGAGAAGAAUGGUGGGAUCUUCAUCAAGCUCGGGCAGCACAUUGGUGCUAUGACGUACCUGCUGCCCCAGGAGUGGACGUCCACCAUGAUACCGCUGCAGGACAAAUGUCCCCAGUCGACGCUGGAGGAGAUUGACGGGAUGUUCAGGCACGAUCUAAGGCAGGGGCUGGACGAGCUAUUUGAGACAUUUGACCCGCACCCAAUAGGCGUGGCGUCGCUGGCACAGGUGCAUAUUGCGACGUUGAAGGGGUCUCAUGAAAAAGUGGCGGUCAAGUGCCAGCACCCACACCUGAAGGAAUUUGUCCCGUUAGACGUAAUGCUGACCCAGAACGUCUUCAAUGUCCUUGACGUUGUGUUUCCCGAGUAUCCGAUGACAUGGCUCAGCGAUGAGCUGCAGUCGUCUAUCUAUGUGGAGUUAGACUUCACGAAGGAGGCAGAGAAUGCGAUAAAUACAGCCAAUUACUUUUACAAAUACCGUAAGGAAACUGCGCUCAGAAUUCCGAGAGUGGUGUCUGCCGCUAAGCGUAUCCUGGUACUUGAGUUCGUGGAAGGAGAGAGAUUGGACAAUCUCCGGUACCUGGACACCAACGGUAUCUCAAGAUCCGAGGUGUCCUCUUGUCUCUCACAUAUAUUCAACAAUAUGAUCUUCACCCCAAACGUAGGUGUCCACUGCGAUCCCCACGGGGGGAACCUUGCGAUCCGGGUCUUACCAAAACCAAAAGCGGGACACAAUUUCGAGAUAGUGUUAUAUGAUCACGGUCUUUACCGCAUGCCAACGACAGAGAUGCGGCGCGACUACGCCAAAUUCUGGUUGGCUCUGUUGGACAAGGACACCGAAAAGAUGAAGCUAUAUGCUAAAAAGUUCGCUAACGUUAAGGAAGAGCAGUUCCCAAUAUUUGCUGCCGCAAUUACGGGAAGGUCUAUCGAUACUGCGUUGAAUUAUGAUAUUUCUACUGUUCGAUCCCAGGAUGAAAUCGACAGGAUGAAAAAUGCCCUAUUGAGCGGAGGGUUGUUGGUUGACAUAAUGGCGCUGCUGUCCACGAUCCCGCGGAUAGUGCUCCUGAUCCUCAAGACCAAUGAUCUCACCCGCCAUCUGGACGAGUGUCUGGAGAAUCCGCUGGGCCCCGAACGCACGUUCCUGAUCUUGACACAAUACUGUGCGCGGACUAUUUACCAGGAAACGUGCGAGCGCAUAGACCACAUGUACCGCCGCUGGACAUUCAGAUGGAUUUUUUGCGAGAUCAAGGCAUGGCUCGAGUACGAGAGACGCAAGAGCCAGCUAAUCAUAUUUGAUGUCGCAUUAUGGUGCAAGAAGUACUUCGUGUAG